AUGAUUCAAGAGGUACUACAGAACUGUCACGACUCGUUAGAAGGAGGUUAUCAAGGGAUCGCUCGGACUUUCUACAGAGUGAAGUUGGAUUAUUACUGGAUCGGUCUAUACGCGGACGGAGCGAGGCACGUGCGGUCCUGUCCCGACUGUAGCUCAAGCAAUAGUCGACCUAAGAUCCGCGGAUACUCUCUGGGGAACAUACUAGCGGAACGGCCGUUUCAGGUUGUUCCGAUGAAUUUUGUAAUACCCUUACGGAAGUCUCGGCGGGAUAACACACCACUCUUACUAUUCCAAUGCGCAUUCACGGGGUACGUGAUGGGCAAAGCUAUGGCAGACACGACUGCUCUGAGAGUAGACCAAGCUUUCGAAGAAUGCGUGUACCGGAGGUUCGGUGCACCUUCCCUCAUCAGACAUGACAGGGACCCUCGAUUCAUGAGCGAGGUGUUCCAGUCGUUCACCAAAAUGAUGCAAUCAAGGUCUAGGGCAACGUUGAGCUACCGACCCAAGCCAAUGACCAGCAAGAGCGCUCGUGCGAGUGUACGGGAAGACCCACUGCAACAAGACUGGGACGAGAUUGCCGAGAAGUUGAUCUUUGCAUUGCGCACCCGGUUCUACAACCCGUUCAUCUGUCAGACGCCUCUGCAGGUGCUUGAGCGUCUGCGAAACGCUAAAUGGUCUAAGGGUAUGUCUACAGAGGUGUGCGGAGACGUCAUCUCAAACCUGUGUGACGCUGCAAGUUACCGAUCCUCGGAUGAGAUAUCAGUACUUCCUUGCGGGCCUGCGCAACAAGGAGUGGAAAACAGCGCUACAGACCACUGUGGCGGAGUGGUUUAG